AUGGAGCGACCCGAGCCGCUGUGGGUCAACGGGAGCUGUGCCAACGGUUCAUUGUUCACUCUGAUUUGCCUGUCUCAUCAGGCUGUCUGCCAGGUUGUUGGGAAUGCCAACUCAACCGUCUCGUCCCAGAAGAAUCCCACUCUAAACACCAGCUGGAUGGUGCGAGUACAAGACAAGUAUGGCUUCUACAUUGGCUUGGCCCUGGCUGUCUUCUCCAGCUUCCUCAUUGGCAGCAGCGUCAUCCUCAAGAAGAAAGGACUGCUUCGACUGGUAGAGAAAGGAGGCACCAGGGCAGGGGAUGGAGGUCAUGGCUACCUAAAGGACUGGCUGUGGUGGGCUGGCCUGCUGACCAUGGGUGGAGGAGAAGCUGCCAACUUUGCCGCAUAUGCCUUUGCACCUGCAACAAUUGUUACUCCUCUCGGAGCCCUGAGCGUGCUCAUAAGUUCCAUUCUGUCUUCCUAUUUACUCGGAGAACGGCUCAACCUACUGGGCAAACUUGGUUGCAUGCUGAGCAUUGUGGGUAGUACAGUCCUGGUGAUUCAUGCUCCAGAGGAAGAGGAAGUCACCACUCUGGAUGAGAUGGCCUCUAAGCUGAAAGAGCCAGGUUUCCUGGUUUAUGCUAGCAUUCUCUUGGUGGUCUGCCUGGUUCUAAUUUUUUUCCUAGCUCCACGCUACGGCCAGUCCAAUAUCCUCAUCUACCUCACCAUCUGCUCUGUGAUUGGGGCUUUCUCCGUAUCUUCUGUCAAAGGUCUGGGCAUUGCCAUCAAGGAAUUUUUUGCCCACCAGCCUGUUCUGCAGGACCCCCUGACCUGGAUCCUUGUCCUCACACUAGUGGCCUCCAUCACCACCCAAAUCAACUACCUCAACAAGGCUCUGGAUAUUUUCAACACCUCCAUGGUUUUCCCCAUCUACUAUGUGCUCUUCACCACCAUUGUCAUCACAACUUCAGUCAUCCUCUUUAAGGAGUGGGUCACCAUGUCCGCCGUGGACAUCAUUGGAACAGUGUGCGGAUUCCUUACCAUAAUUCUUGGAGUGUUCCUACUCCAUGCCUUCAAGGAUAUGGACAUCAGUCUGCGCAACCUUCCGCAAAUGUUUCAGAAGGGCGACCAGGCCCGAGCAAAGAAGGAUGACAAGAACAUCCUAAUAGAGCUGGAUGAUCCAGAAGCCAAGGCUGAUGGCAAACCCAAAGUUUUCAUGAUCUGCAGUUGA